CUUUUGUAGAGGGACAGAGAAAAUGGUGGCAAAAACAGCAAAUUUUACGAAUGAGUUAUGCGAUUUGUGUUAAACCAGCCAUACAAGAGUAGGCCUAAUGAAAAGAGACCACAUUUAUGUGCAAAAUUUGAAACAAUUUGUCCAUUCUGGAGGUAGGCCUAAAUGUAAAUGUACCUGUAUCAUAUACUACAUGGAUAGUGGAUACAGUAUGGAUUUUGUUUUAUCAGAAUUUCAUGGAUAAUUGAAGUUGUUUACACAUAAAAUGGAUUUUAGAGGUGUGCCCUCAACUUUUACUGUUGAUGGGAUUCCCCCAAUUCCAGCUGAGAUGUUGCAAGAGAGAAUCAUGGACCCAAAUAUGAUGCCAAAUGAUUUCCAUGGCAAUCAGAUGUUCCAUCCUGGAAACCAGCCAGAGUCAGAGUUUAAUGAGGUUCAGAGUGUGUGGAUGGAUGGAGUUGGACGUUAUCCUAUAACCUGUUUAAGUUUCGACACACAGGAACUAUUAUGGGCUGGAAACCAAGGAGGUUAUGCAGCAUCUUAUGGUGGUUUAAAUUUACAGAAAUAUUCAGCUUUCCGUUCCCAUGUGACGGACGAAAUAAGACAAAUAUUGACUACAGAACAAGGAAUUCUCUCCCUUACCAGAAAUGCUUUACGAUGUUCGGUCCGAAGAGGAUUAUCGGUCUUUACAUACUCUGAUCCAGUCAUGCAGGACAUGCAGUGUAUGUUACGUACAUCUCAAACUUCUCUACUCAUCGGAGGUCAUCAAAAGAAAGCCAUAGAAAUAGAUCUGAACAAAGUACAGAUAGUUCAAGAGUUUGAUACAAAUGAUGCUGGUUGUGCUAUUCUUCGUCAGAGUGGAAAAUACUUAUGUGUUGGUGAUACCAGUGGAAAGGUAACACUUUAUGAUAGUAAGUCAAUGAAGGGUGAACAAGUAUUAGAUGCUCAUACAGGAACACUGUCAGAUUUUGAUGUACAGGGGAAUUUAAUUGUUACUUGUGGUUUUGCAAAUAGAAUGGGUGCUAUGACAGCUGAUAGAUUUAUAAAGGUGUAUGAUAUGAGAGUUAUGAGAGCUGUAGCACCGAUACAGAUACCUAUAGAUCCCAUGUUUGUUAGAUUUGUGUCUGCCUAUUCUAACAGAUUGGCUGUUGUAUCUCAGAGUGGAAGCUUCCAGGUGAUAGAAACAACAGCCAUGACACCACCAAAUAUGAUGUUAUAUCAUGUUAACUCUCAUGGUGCUGCCAUUACAAGUUUUGAUAUAUCUCAAUCAUGUCAAGCUUUGGCAUUUGGAGACAGUUCCAGUUAUAUUCAUUUAUUUUCUACAGGAGAUCAUGCUUGUUUUAAUUUUGAACCUGAAGCCAUAGAAUUUGCCGAUCCUGUAGAUCAUAUAGACUUUAUCCAUAUAAUGGAUGAGAGAACACCUUAUUCCUUAAUACCUAUGAUAUAUCCUACUAAUGGCCAUCUUAUCUCAGACUGGCCAAUGCAUCUUGCUCAAAAAAUAUACAGGAAGCCAAAAGCUAUUGAUCCAGAAAUAUUACGAGCUAUUAAGGUUUAUAAUAAUCAUAAUGCUGGAUAUGCACAGAAUCCUGGUAAAGAGCGUCGGAACCAAGUUCCAUACAAACUGUCAAAAAACAAAAAAACAAAUAAAUCAAGCGUUCCGGAAUCACCAUUAGGAAGAGGAGAGGAAGCCUUUGUCUUGAUUCCAAGAACAUACAAGAAAUUAGAGAUGAAGUAUUCUAAACUGGGAUUGGCUGAUUUUGAUUUCCGUCAUUACAAUAAAACAAAGUUUGCAGGAUUAGAGACUCACAUUCCUAAUGCUUAUUGUAAUGCUAUGUUACAGGUUUUAUAUUUUAUUGAACCGUUAAGAUGUGCGUUAAUUAGUCAUCUAUGUCAGAAAGAAUUUUGUUUAGCCUGUGAAUUGGGUUUUUUAUUCCAUAUGUUAGAUUGUCAAGCUGGUCAGACUUGUCAGGCAAGUAAUUUUCUUCGUGCUUUCCGUACGAUACCAGAAGUAGCAGCACUGGGUCUUGUUUUAAGUGAAGCAGAUGAGUCAGCUGGUCGUGCUAAUCUAUCAAGAUUAAUACAGAGUUGGCAGAGAUUUGUCCAUCAACAAAUACAUUCAGAAACUUGUUACAAGGAAGAGCCAAUAAUGCCUGAAGAAGAACAGCAGCCACAAGCUCAGACUCAGGCCCAUUCACCACCCCAAGUUGAAAAAAAAGAAGAAAAGCCAGCUGGCAGUAGUAAAUCUAGAAAAAAGAGAAAAAAGGGAAAGAAAAAAGAAGAAUUAAAAGAAAAGGAGAAAGAAGAGAGUGAUGCUGCUGAAAGCAAUGGUGAUGAAACCGCUACAGCUACGUAA